GAAAAUUGAACUCAAUGUCUCGAGCUUGGAGUAUUGCCAUAGGCACGGCGGCAACGACCGUGUUGAUAGUCGAAGGGAUCCACUACCUUCUUAAUACCAGCAAUAAUACGGCAUCAAUUCUUUCGGAGCCCAAACAACAGCCACUGACUGAGUACCCUGAAGAGUUGAUCGCCGAACAACUUGCAAGAAACUACGCUUUUUUGGGUGAAGAAGGAAUGGACAAGUUCAGGAAACAGAACAUAGUGGUGGUGGGAGCCGGGGGUGUAGGUUCAUGGGCUGCCACCAUGUUGGUACGUUCGGGAGUGGGAAAAAUCAGAAUCAUCGAUUUUGACCAAGUCACCUUAAGCUCUUUGAACAGACAUGCGGUAGCCAACUUGAAGGAUGUGGGGAUCCCCAAGGUUCAGUGCUUGAAAAACCACUUGGAGCAGAUUGCUCCGUGGGUACAGAUCGACGUGAAGAAUCAGUUGUGGAAUAAGGAAAGUGCUGGAGACUUGAUUUUUGGUGGAGACUUCAAGCCCACUUAUAUUGUUGAUUGUAUCGAUAAUAUUGACACCAAAGUUGACCUUCUAGCAUUUUGCCACGAAAACAAGUUACCUGUAGUAUCUUCGGGAGGGGCUGCUUGCAAGUCUGACCCUUCUCGUAUCAAUAUUGGAGAUAUCAGCAAAACAGAAGAAGAUCCUUUGACCAGAUCAGUACGGAUCCGGUUGAAAAAAAGAGGCAUCAUCACCAACAUCCCCACCGUGUUCUCUGCCGAGAAACCGGACCCCAGAAAGGCCCAGCUCUUGCCAUUGUCUCCUGAGGAGAUUGCUAAGGGGAAAGUAGACGAAUUGGCAGCUUUACAGAGGUUUAGAGUACGUAUUUUGCCGGUUUUGGGAACCAUUCCUGGAAUGUAUGGCUUAACUAUUGCCACCUACAUCAUUACUAGCGUGGCCGGGUACCCACUAGAGCCUAUAGAAGGGAAAAACCGGUACAAGAUAUAUGACAGUAUCUUCCAAAGUCUCGCAGGCCAACAGAGCAGAAUAGGACAAUUGGACCAAAGAGUACCUAUUUCCAUGACCGAUGUCAGUUACAUUCUCGAGGAGAUUUUCCACGGUAAGUCUCCCAUUUCCAACUAUUCUACCAAAUUGACAUUGUCCCGGUGGGAUCCUACUAAGGAAUUAAGCUUGCAGAACAUAGUGGUGAUGACGAAGCAAGAACAGUCGGACCACGAAAAGCGGGUUCUCAAUGGCAACGAAAGGUUGCAAGACGUAUACUCCCCUGAAGUGCUUGCGUUCGUCAACAGUCGUUUUGCCGACGAGAAGUACUGGUCUCAAUUUAGAUAGGUCCAUAGAUAUACAUGACUUUAUUGCA